AUGUCGCUGUGCCAGAACAGACUCCAGGAAGAGAGGUCGCCUGAGUGCACCAUCUCGUCGUGGACGAGUCUGACAGGUUACAGGAAGCAAUGGCGCAAAGACCACCCCUUUGGCUUCUUCGCUAAGCCCCAGCGUAAUGCCGCGACGGGCACGCUCGAUCUCAAGGUCUGGGAAUGUGGUAUUCCGGGCAAGGAGAAGACCAUUUGGGAGGGCGGCUUGUUCAAGCUGACAAUCACAUUCCCUGAGGGCAAAUUCGUCCCUCCCCUGUUCCACCCCAAUGUCUACCCCUCCGGCACCGUUUGCCUGUCGAUCCUGAACGAGGAAGAAGCGUGGAAGCCCGCGAUCACGGUGAAGCAGAUCCUGCUCGGCAUCCAGAACCUGCUCGACGAUCCUAACCCUGAGUCGCCAGCCCAAGCUGAGGCGUAUAGUUUGUUCAAGAAGGACAAAGCGGAAUACGAGAAGCGCAUCAAGCGUGUCGUGAGGGAGAACCCGGCGCCCUAG